AUGGACUAUAAUAAUCUCACAGGCUCAAUUUCUGAUCUUAAGAUUGAGACUUGUAAUUUCUUGUUACGUCUCGAUUUGUCAGGGAAUCAGAUAACUGAUUCAGUUCCUACUGCUUUAUCUAAUUGUACAGCUCUUCAAGAACUUGUUUUGGCUGAGAAUUACUUUUCUGGUCCAAUUCCAAUUUCUUUUGGUGAGCUUAAAAGCUUGCAAAGAUUGGAUAAUCUUGAUUUGUCCAACAAUAAUCUGACCGGUCCAUUUCCUGAUUCCAUCCUUCAGAAUUUAGCAGAAUUUAGCUUCUUUAGAGACUUUGCAAUUGAACUGUUCAAUUGUGGUAAUCUUGAGUGGAUUUCCCUCACAAGUAAUGGACUAAGUGGUGAGAUUCCUAAAGAAUUUAGCCAUCUUUCAAGUCUGGCUGUUUUGCAGCUAGCAAAUAACAUCUUGAGUGGUCAGAUUCCAAGUAACACUUUGGUGUUUGUCCGAAAUGUGGGAAAUUCAUGCAAAGGUGUUGGAGGAUUGCUCGAGUUCUACGGAAUUCACCCUGAAAGGCUUUUACAGUACCUUGAUCUUUCUUACAACGAGCUUCGUGGGAAAAUCCCUGAUGAAUUCGGUGACAUGAUAGCUUUGCAAGUGCUUGUUAUAUCACACAACCAAUUGUCAGGAGAGAUUCCUUCAUCACUUGGAGGGCUAAAGAAUUUGGGAGUGUCUGAUGCAUCACAUAACAGAUUGCAGGGUCAAAUUCCUGAUUCAUUUUCACUUCUUUCUUUCUUGGUGCAAAUUGACCUGUCGAAUAAUGAAUUGACAGGGCAAAUUCCACAAAGGGGUCAGCUCAGUACACUUCCUGCAAGCCGAUAUGCAAACAAUCCAGGACUUUGUGGGGUUUCAUCUUUUGGAAUCACAUUCACCUUUGGGGUGCUCAAAUCUGUGAAUUACAAUGUUGGGGCCAAUUUUGCCCUGGCUGAUAAUUAUGAAAGUGUUUUCUCACAUGAAGCCAAACAGCAUACUUGGGCUUUCACAUGGUUUCCUCCUCGGCCAUUUGCAGUCAAUAGGCCUAGACUUCCCGAAGAACAUUAG